AUGGCGCUGUCUUUAGAGGAAAUCAUCCGCGAAUUCCGAGAUCGUGAGAGGGAUAAGCAUAUCACCACGGCCGUGUGGUACAUCGUUGUGGCCGUUGCUUUAGCUUCAUCAGGUGCAGGACCCGAUGUUGUACAGCUGUACCAAGCAGCGAUACAACAAAUAGAUUUGGAUGACCAGAAGAUUGUUCAACGGCGCAUCAAAGAGGCUAUACUGAAAACGAGCGCUUUGUAUGGCGUUCCGAGGUCAUUGCAAGCAUUGCUCCCACUAUUCAGCACACUAAAGGAUGAAGAGAUUGAUCAUUACGGCCCACGAUGGGAGGCCGCGCAGGCUGAUCCAGCGAGCCGCGCGAUACAUGAGAAAACUCGACACGAAAAGGCACGGCGGUACUUCGAUACAGUGUGGACGCCCGCUGCCGCGCAAGCUAACAGGGAUAAAAAUUUCAAAUAUCACCCCGACCUGUACCUACUCAAUACUCAACUAGUGUAUGAGUACUAUUUCUCCGAGGAUGCUAUUCUCAACCCAGUAGAAACGCAGAUGUGCAACAUAGCAGCUUUAAUUUGCUGCAACUGUCCUGUCCAAGCUAUGUGGCACACCCGUGGGCUUAUAAACCAUGGAGGAACUAUAAAUCAGGCGGAAUUCUCCCAUGAGCUCGGUGUUGCCAUCGCUACGUUGUAUGAAUGUAAAAUUGGUGACCUCACGCCAGUGAGCCAGAUUGACUUUGAAAACUAUCCGACUCACUGA